CUUUCUUGAGGCUGCACGAGAGAAACUUGGCCAACACAUCUUUUAAUCAAGCUUACCACAGGAGAGACAUAUAUCCUGUCAAGGCCUUGGAACCCACCAAAAUAAAAACACUGCUGGAUAUAAAAAACAAUAAUUUUGACCAAUGUCUCAUUUCGUAUCUUCGCCCAGAAGUAUUCCUUCCGAGGCGGCGCAUCUUCUCAAUUCGUCCCACAUAUCUUCGUCACUAGGCCGGUCUGCCAUGUCGCCGCUGAGUGGUCAGCCCAAUGUUUCGUUUAGCGAUGUUCUGCAAGGUCAGUCCGCGCGUGAAAAAGACUUGAGAAUGCCGGCGUCAUUGAGAAAAACCGUCGACGUGCCAAAAGUCGUGGAUGUUACAGGAGAGAAAGUCCGGGAAUCUUUUGAACAGUUCAUCGAGGAGUUUGUCGAUGAGGAUUCCGCCGAAGACGAAUGGCAAGGCAGAAUAUAUAUGGCCCAGCUUGAAACCAUGCGCGUGUACGAGUACAGCACCUUGUACGUGGACUACCAACAUUUAGUUGGCAGAGAGAAUGGAUCAUUGGCCACGGCAAUUUUGGAGCAGUACUAUCGCUUUAAUCCGUUCUUGUUGAGAGGUUUGCGCAGACUUUUGAAGAGAUACGCUCCCUCGUUGUUGUUCAUGAACUUGCUCGGCUCGAACCAAGCAGACUUAAGGGACUCAAAGCCAGGCGACGAUGACUCUUCUAGCUCCUCCGGAUCAACAUCCAACGAAAGAGUGUUUCAAAUUGCCUUUUUCAAUUUGCCCGUCACUCACAGAAUCAGAGAUAUUCGAACAGACAAAAUUGGAUCCUUGAUGGCUAUCUCUGGCACUGUCACGAGAACUUCCGAAGUCAGACCCGAGCUCUACCGAGGCUCUUUCACAUGUGAUAUGUGUUCUGCAGUAGUGGAUGGAAUUGAACAGGUUUUCAAAUUCACUGAGCCCACAGCGUGUCCAUCAUGUACCAAUCAAAGCUACUGGACUCUCAACGUGGCCAAGUCUCAAUUCAUUGACUGGCAGAAGGUUCGUAUUCAGGAAAACUCCAACGAGAUUCCCACAGGAUCCAUGCCUCGUACUUUGGAUGUUAUCAUCAGAGGUGAAGCUGUAGAACGAGCUAAGCCAGGAGACAAGUGUAAGUUCACAGGUACUGAGAUCGUUAUCCCCGAUAUCUCUCAAUUGGGUUUGCCGGGAAUCAAGGCGCAGAGCAUGAAAGAGAAUACUGCCACAGCUUCCAAUUUGAAUUCCGGUGUCACUGGUUUGAAAGCACUCGGUGUUAGAGACCUCACAUACAAGCUUGCUUUUUACGCGUGUCACAUCAGCUCUUUGGUGAACAAACUGAGUGAUAGUUCUGAACUGGCCGAAAGAGAAAUUGAGUUUCAAGGUGCCAACGAACAAGAGAUGUUCUUGAGAUCUUUGACUGACGCAGAAAUUUCGCAGCUCAAAGAUAUGGUGAAAGAUGAACAUAUAUACGAUAAGUUGGUGCGCUCAGUUGCUCCAGCAGUGUUUGGUCACGAGACAAUCAAAAAAGGUAUAUUGCUUCAGCUUCUUGGUGGUGUGCACAAGAAAACUGUGGAGGGAAUCAAUUUGAGAGGUGAUAUCAACAUCUGUGUUGUUGGUGAUCCAUCUACUUCUAAGUCGCAGUUCUUGAAGUAUGUUUGUGGCUUUUCGCCUAGAGCCGUCUACACCUCGGGAAAAGCUUCCUCUGCUGCUGGUCUCACCGCUGCUGUCGUGAAAGACGAAGAAAGUGGUGAGUACACAAUCGAGGCUGGUGCGCUCAUGUUGGCUGACAAUGGUAUCUGUGCCAUUGACGAGUUCGAUAAAAUGGAUAUCACUGAUCAGGUUGCAAUUCACGAGGCUAUGGAACAACAGACUAUUUCUAUUGCCAAAGCUGGUAUUCAUGCUACUUUGAAUGCUCGCACGUCUAUAUUGGCUGCAGCCAACCCAAUAGGCGGAAGGUACAAUAGAAAAAUGGGAUUGAGAGCAAACUUGAACAUGACAGCUCCUAUUAUGUCAAGAUUUGAUCUUUUCUUUGUGGUCUUAGAUGAUUGCAAUGAACGGGUUGACACCCAAUUAGCAUCUCACAUCGUCGAUUUACACAUGCUCAGGGACGAGGCCAUUGACCCACCAUACUCCGCUGAACAAUUGUCAAAGUAUAUCAAGUAUGCUAAAACUUUCAAGCCAAGAAUGACGAAGGGAGCGAGAGACUUGUUGGUUGCCAAGUACAAGCAAUUGAGAAGUGAUGACGCCCAGGGUCUUGGCCGGUCGUCCUACAGAAUUACUGUUAGACAGUUGGAGUCCAUGGUCAGAUUAUGUGAGGCCAUAGCUCGAGCAAAUUGCACAGAGGAAAUCACCCCCGCCUUUGUCUCAGAAGCUUAUGGUUUGUUGCGUCUGUCCAUUAUUCGAGUUGAAAUGGAUGAUGUGCAAAUGGAUGACGAUGUGCAAGUGCCACCACUCGAUGAAGAAGAAAUUCUUGACGGGGAUGGAGGCGACCAAAUAGACACCCGCGAUGAUGGAUUCUUGAACCAGGCCUCCACACAGGGCCAGGUUGAUCCGAACGCAGCAAAGCGUCCGAAGGUCACUAUUACCUACGACAAAUACGUGGCGAUGAUGAAUCUUGUGGUGAAAAAAAUAUCUGAGGAGGACGCAAAUGGGGGCAGCGGACUCGCAAGAACAGACAUCGUGAAGUGGUAUUUGGAGCAAAAGGAGGACGAUCUUCAUACGGAACAGGAGUUUCUUUACGAACGAGAAUUGGCAUACAAGCUUUUGAGAAAGUUGGAAAAGGACAAGAUUCUAAUGAGCGUGACCCUGAACAUAAACGAAGAUAACAUGAUGGAUGAUGGCUUUGUGGAGGGACAGCAAGCGACGCGGACGGUGUACAUAAUACACCCCAACUGUGCCAUUUUGGACUUCUUCGAUAAUGAGGCACGUGAUGAGGACGAGGAAGUUACUGAGAAUUGAAGGUGGAGCUUUAUAAGUAAGUAAGUGGGUCGUAAACGUGCAUUUAAGAAAUUAGAAAAUGUGACGGAGAUUCAAGUAUUAUUCAUCUGCCACACUGGUCUGUUCUUUUGGAGAGGUGUUUGCUUUCCACUCAGCUGGAGCAACCUGACUGGCGCAAUCCUCACAAUGACUAAUAAAACUUUUGG